AUGAUUGAACCCUUUCACCCUCAGGGCGCUGUUGUGAUCAUUGGGGCUGGCACUCAAGGUCGGCGUCUCGCCUAUAUGUGGUCAAGUAGGGGAGGCCUAGUAUAUCUUGUUGAUCUCAAUGAGGAGCAGCUUCAGGAAGGCUUGCAAUUUGUACAGCAGCUUCGUGCUGAGACAACCGACCAUCCCAGGAAAUGGGGUGAAGUCAAGGCAUCCACGCCGUCUAUGUUCGAGUCUAUUUUACAGAGCUCUUGGCUUAUUGUUGAGUGUAUUCCAGAGAACUUGCAAUCGAAGCGAAACAUCAUCGCUCAACUGGAUAAACUCGCCCCCGAAGGUACAAUUAUCGCUUCAAACUCCAGCAGCUACGGGAUCUCCGAAGUGAUCGAAGGGCUUACCCUGAAGAACAGCAAGAGACUGUUGAGUGCCCAUUGCUACUGGCCACCGGAGACUACAACAAUCGAAAUUAUGGGCCAUGAAGGAACGGAUCCAUCACUUCUCACGCUACUCUUUGAUCAAUGUGCUGAACACGGAUUCAGUCCCUUCCGUGUCAAACAGAGCUCUAUCGGAUACAUUUACAACAGAGUCUGGGCCGCAAUUAAACGUGAAACUCUUCUUGCGCUUUCUGAAGGUAUCUGCGACCCGCACGAGAUUGACACCAUCUUCAAAGACGUAUUAAAGACAUCCAAGGGGCCUUGUGAACAAAUGGAUAUUGUCGGAUUGGAUGUUGUCCUCGAUAUUGAGAACCACUACGCAGAUGCUCGAACUGGAAUCCCAGGUGAACCGCGCGAAUACCUAAAGAAAAUGGUACAGGAUGGCCACUUGGGCAUCAAGAGCGGUCAAGGUUUCUAUAAUUAUACAAAGGGUCGCGACCCCAUACCAUGA